CGGCUGACUGCUCCCAAGAAAACCGGUGACGAGUAUCCAUACCCGGCACUUUGACCGCACAUCUUCAGCGCUUUCUGCUCGUCACUACGGCGAUAGCAAUCAAACAAGAUCCAUCCCUCAAGCAAAACCUAAGUCACUCACAAAAACACAUCAGCAUUUCGCUACCUAGAAACCGAGCACUUGUAUGCUGCAGUUUCUGGAAAUAUCUGAAGGGCUCGGAGAUUAGCGUUCCAGAUAGACGGCUUCAGGAUGGAGACGCAGAUACAUGUGCCCGUCGGGUCACCGGUAAUUAGAAAAAUUCCCGUUUUCGUGGACGAACACAGCGUGACGGAGGGAGCGAUGGAGCUCAUUAAAGAGCUGAGACCGGCGUGGGACACAAGCCACGUCAAGACGAAGCUCUUCACUGAUGGAACAACCAACAAGCUAGUGGGCUGCUAUGUGGAGGACAGUCCAGAGGACGUGGUCCUGGUUCGAGUUUACGGGAACAAGACAGAGCUGAUUGUGGACAGAGACAAUGAACUCAAAAGCUUUCAGGUGCUACAUGCUAAUGGUUGUGCUCCUCGCCUCUACUGCACCUUUCAGAACGGCAUCUGCUAUGAGUUCAUGCAGGGGGACGCUCUUGGGACGGAGGAUGUCAGGGAUCCGGCCUUACUCAGACUGAUAGCCAGGGAGAUGGCUCGUAUCCACGCCAUCCAUGCACACAAUGGCUGCAUCCCCAAACCUGACCUCUGGAUCAAGAUGCGAAAGUACUUCUCCCUUGUGGCCACAGAGUUCACUGACCGAGCCGCCAACAUCAGAAUCCAGCAGGAGGUUCCCAGCAAAGCGGUGCUGGAGCAGGAGAUGAUGUGGAUGAAGGAGCAUCUCUCAACACUGGGUUCCCCUGUGGUGCUCUGCCACAAUGACCUGCUCUGCAAGAACAUCAUCCACAACGGCAAAGAAGGUCAUGUUCGCUUCAUCGACUAUGAGUACUCCAGCUACAACUACCAGGCCUUCGACAUCGGAAACCAUUUCAAUGAGUUUGCAGGAAUGGCAGACCUGGAUUAUGGGCUGUACCCCAGUCGGGAGAUGCAGAUGGACUGGCUCAAAGUGUAUCUGCAGGUAUACAAGCUCUUCACCAAGAAAACAGAGGAGGUCAGCCAGCGAGAGCUGGAGACGCUCUAUGUACAGGUCAACAAGUUUGCUCUGGCUUCUCACUUCUUUUGGGGCUUCUGGGCGCUCAUCCAGGCCAAAUACUCCUCCAUCGACUUUGACUUCCUCGGGUAUGCUGUGCAGCGUUUCAACCGGUACUUCAUGGUCAAACCUGCAGUGAUGGCCCUGCAGAUCCCAGAAUGAGAGGAGACAGGAAGACGUGAGGAAGCAGGGGCACAGGUUUUAUGCUGGGACUUCCUGCAGGGGGGAACUCUUCUCUGUGAGCCAGCUGUUGACCACUGCCCGGUCUGCCUGACGUCCUUUUCUGCAACAAGCGCAAUUCCUCUUUCAUUCCUCCUGCUGAGCUCCAUGUCUGUCACAACUCUAACUUCAGAUUCUAAAACUUCCACGAGUUCUGUGUGUAUGUAUGUGAAUGUAUGCUUGUGUAUGUUCUUAAUUUAUCUUGUUUGAUCGUGAAACCCCCGACGUCUUGCUUUCCCUCUUAGGGCAGCUGAACAAGGCGUAGUGAGCCCAGCCGUCAGUAGAGCUCAUUGACUUAAAACUCGCUUUAUGGUGUGUCACACUGGCGGCAAAAUGUUUUACAACGCUGGUAAUGAAGGUCAAAAGAGGGACAAGACUGUUAAGGAGGGUUUAGAUGCUGACAUUGACAAAUACAAUAGUUUGCCCUAUUCUCUGUGCACCUUAUCCGUGGUUCAAUGCCUCGGCCUCAGUGCAGGUAGAAACUGACCACAGCGGCAUCUCACCUGGGAUUCCUCACAUUUUGCGUGUGGUGUGCACAAUGAGACCAUUCCUCCUUCUGUCUGCAGAUAUUUAAAUGCUUUAAGUUCCAAUCUGUCUAUCUUUGCUUUUCCCUCCAUCAUCGGUGCUAAGUGCUGGUAGCUGCUGUAUUUCUGCACUGCACUUCCCAGAGAUCACCUGUGCAUCAAACACUGUGGGCGGGAUUGCGGCGUCGCUUUCCUCUGAUUUUUUUCUGUUGCAGUUAGAGCUCCUGUCAGUUCCUCUUCUAGUUACGCCAAGCAAACUGCCGCUGCUGCUAGAAACGUAAAACAAACUUCUCUGUGUGCUAGUGGACUUUUCCCCUAGAAGGACCUACCAGACACUGAGUGUGUGGGACAGCAAAUGGAAAAGGUUUUCAUGGACUGGCUGUAGGUUGAAUCACUAUUGUGUUAUAGCAAUCGGUGAUAGAGGGUAGUCAAACGUGCAUUUAUUUAUUUACGUGAAGACAAUGUGGAUUAUUUAACAUCUCAGGUGAAACAACUCCUCAGUUUGGGUUGCUGUAGUAAGUGAUGCUUUGCAUUGAAUUGGGAAGUGACACUGAAGGAGGAGGGCAGAUUGAUGCUGGUUUAAAAGAGUAAAUGUCACUCGAAACUCUGUGUGCAUUUCUGUCCUCGAACCGUUUUCCACCUUCUUGACUUUUAUGGCUACAGCGAAUCGCUCUGUUAAACUUUCCAUUUAAACUUUCCAGACCUCUUGGAAAAUCACAACCUCGGUCACCUCCACUGCCAACCCCUCCUCCCCUCUUUCAUGCCCUCCUGCGUCCGCUCCUUCCUCACGUUACCAUCUUUGAUCUGCUUUCACCCCAGUUUUGUUUCAUACUGAUGCAGUAGCACCUGUUCCCCGGGCCGUCUUUACGUCAGACUGCUCUCAGCCCCACACUUUAAUCCAAUCCCAUUCACACCACAGAUUUGAAGCCAAAUUUUGUUACAUAAUCAGACAUUGCAUAAGUUAAUAUCUGGGGUCAAAUCAAGUCUAGCUUCCAAAAGAGGAAGGAAUGGGUUACCUGGGGCUGUGUUGCUGUCAUGAGAUCAGCAACUACGUAGAUGGAAAAAGAUGGCAUGUGACACUCCAAAACCAUUGGAGGAUAGUAUUUCUAGAAGGAAACAGACUGUGAAAGUAAAAAGUGAAAAUGCUAGAACUUUUGAAAGGGGGCCCCAUCAAUUUUACACAUGAAGGUCUGUUUUCAGGUCUUGGGGAGUACUGCUGCAUAUGUGGAAACAGUUAUAUAAAGCCUUUUGUCCCUCCAGGGGGAGCUGUGUGAAAUGUGAUAAUUUGCCUCAAGUGAUGUCACUUGAGUCAGCAUGGUUUCGGAUUGAAAACCAGAAUCUGAUGGUGUGAGCUAGCCAGACCUCUGUAGCCCACGCCCCAUCCCUACAAUGCGAAACCGGUGGACUAAUCUUUUAGUAAAGUACACUCUUUACUCAGAGUAAAGUACUCUUUGCACUCUGUGUCCACUUUUAGGUUAGUACACGACAGAUUUAUGGUAUGGUACAUAUCUUGUCUGCACCUCCAUGGAGGGGGGUUUGCGACAGGCAGGUUUCAAAAGGAACCAUCAAAAUAAUUCAGCAGAGGCUGAGAGAGCCUGAAGUUCUGAGUAUGGGUCCACCACCACAAACACAGGAUCCUACGCUUCCCACAAUGCAACUCUCUACUAAUAGCCGCAGUAGCCUCUUUCAUUAGACUUUCUUGUGUAUGCCACAUCUUUCAAACUUGAUGUCCCCAGUUUGCUAUGCAUCCUUUCUCUUGUAAAUUUGUAGUCUCCAUUCCCAAGCUGAAUGACUCAGGUGAUGUCACUUGAGUCUAGAACUGCAGCUAAUGAUUAUUUUCAUCAUUAAGUAAUCUGCAGGCUUUUUAAUUAUUUUUUUGUCUGACCAACACUCCAAAAUCCCAAAAUAUUACGUCUACAAUGAGUUUGACAAAGAAAAGCAGCAAGUCCCCAUAUUGGACAAGCUGUAACCAGAAAAUGGUUUCCAUUUUUCUCACAAUUUUGCUUUAAAAAUGACUGCAACAGUUAAGUGAUUUAAAAAUCAUUUGUGAGUUGUACUAACCAUGACUGUUUAAUAGCUGUACAAAAGACAGGUGGUCUAAAUGGCCCUGUUUUCUUGAUGUUUUCCUUGUUCUGGCCGCUCUUUGAGAGUCUUCAUAGUCAACAUAGAUUUAGUCAGACAUUGACAGCUUCUUUCCUUUGAGUCAUUUAGCCUUAAAUUCAGUUCUACAUACCCUUUAAAACAAUCGAAGUUUGGCUCUUUGAUGGCUGCAGGUUCUUAACAGCCCCACCUCUGGUCAAGAUGAACUUAAGCAAAGGAUUCACUCCUUUACAUUUGUGAAUGAAUCUGAGCUUCAGAUAACAUCUUCUGAAAUGUAACCGCUCUCAUGCCCAGCAGGAGGUGACACUGAGCUCUGACCUUCGUCCUCCACUGAUGGUCUCAUGUAACAGGCUUAAUAAUUUACCAAGUGAGCAGCAGCCUGUCAGAACAGCAGCAUAGACAGAGACUAACUGCUGUUAAUGGUUUCCAGUCAGGACUGUUAGCCUGAGGAAUGGCACACGAGCUGACGGAGGGAUCACAUUUAUAUGUGGUUUGGUGGAUCUUAUCCUUGGAAGUGAUGAUCAGAGCCUUCUGAAUGUGAAUUAUAACUCAGGAGCUGUAUGAGGCUAAAUGGGUUUAAGAGUUGCUUGGUGAAAGAUGAUGGCACAUAUUUGGGAGCAAAAAGCGACUAACUAAAGCUGAAAUCACCCGUGUCAAUAGUGCAUUUUUAGGCCCUUAUUUUAGGGAACGAAUAGUGGAGUAAUCUGCUAAGUAGAUUUGCAGACAAAGACCAAAUUAGUGGGCUUGCUGCUUGAACGCACAAUCCUAAUACCCUGAUAGGAAUUCAGCCUGGAUAAAAAAGGCAUUUGCACUGAAUGAACACUGAAUGAAUUUCUCCAUUCACUUAAUAGAGGACACUGAGCCCGGGUGGACCUCAUCUGGUGAUACAGUUUGGGAUUCUGGAAGAGAAAAGUUAGGGGCAGCCUUUAAUUUGAAAUUCUAGCACUGUAGUGGUCACUGUUGUUAAAGGCUAGAGCUAAAUGUAGGCUUGAACGGAAAUGAAGUUGUCCUAAACACUGCACUCGCCCAGGAGUGGGCUAAUGUUUAUCAGCUGUUUGGUCCACUGGUCACCUUACCCAUCGUGUUAUAUGGCAUCAAAGUCGUCUGAGUGUUGCUGAAAUCUCUGAGUCCAGUGUGUUUUCCAGAUCAGAACAACCCUUAUCCUUGCUCGUUCUUUAAAGACUAACUUAAUACGCAGCUGAACAUCAGUGUUUUUAACUCCUCUAUUUGGUCAAACGUUUCAAGUCCGUUGCACCACUUUGCAUCUAUAACCUUACCCAGGAGUGAUGUCACAGUGUACUGACACACCCUGCAGUACGCGUCCACAUCACUGCAGCGUGGUGAGGUGAGGUGAGGUGAGGUGAGGUGAGGUAGACCACCAGAGGUCCACGAAGACAAAGAUUUCCAGUCAGUGUUCAGCAGCACUUUAAAUCCACAAACUACCACUGAACACCUAAAUCUAAGUUAUUGAUUUUAACUGAAGGUUCACUCACCAGCCUUUUUAGGGGCUCUCAUCUGCAUCACGUAGCCUUUGGCAGCAGGUGUUUGCUCAGUUGUCAUGGAGAUGGAUUGGAUGACAGCUGAAAGUGGUUUAGGAUUAAUGAUGUUUCCAGAGUCUUAAGUUAUGAAUAAUUUCUCAUGAUGGUAAACAUUUAUUCAUCAUCAAAUGUAAUGUAAGCAGCAUUUUUCUUCAUCUACAAAUGCUUCAGUUAUUUAUGUGUAAAUACCCAAAGAAUUCUUGAGCUGAUAAAUGUCGCGAUUGGGCCUUUAAGUAUCUGUAGGCAAACAAUCUUAAGUGAGAUAAUGAGACCUGCAGCAGGUGUCUCUUCCUCCACGUGUUUUGUCAUAUUUUGUUUACCAAAAAGUUGGCUUGAGUUAGUCGAUGGCACUGACAAUGAAGUUUGACAUUUGUUUCAGAGCACGUGAAUCCAGAGACCACAGAAGGAAAACAAUGACGUGUAAAUGCUCAAAGUAUCAUUUUCAUACUUAUACUAAGGUAUACACUAAGAUGAUUUUGUUGAAGUCCCUGAUGACACGACACACUGGGUAAGGUGAAAACAGGCCAAACGAGAAGUCGCUGUGGACAUUUAGUGAAAACGUUCCCUGUUUAAAGAGCACUACAUACAUCUGAUCUGUUUUUGUGGCAACUACGAGUAUCUCAGACAGGCUUUAUGAAUUUCCUGUUUCAUGCUGGCCGUCAAAGAUUUCACUCUCUUUUCGUUUUUAAUAGGGUUUAUUUAUUGAGUGAAUCUAAAGUUGCUUUUCACACCUUUUCUUUUGUUUUCUAAUCAUACCAAAAUGGUUAGCUUCAGAGGGUUUGCAUUGCAGUUCGUUUGAGAUUAACUAUAUUUGUGUGUGAAUGUACUAACUUAAUUUUAAGAAACACUGUACAGAUGACUGAUUUCCCCCCUUUGUUUGCUGAUAUGUACUUUUUGUAAAUGCUUCGUGCACUGUGUAAAGGGACCCAGCAUUUGGCUUGCAGAUGUGACUUUGCAAAUGUACUCAUCCACUGCUAAAGGAGAUGCUGCGUCAGUGUGUGCGGAGAUGGAGCAUGUAAAUACUGUAAGAAAUACUGUGAAAAGCUUACUGUACAGUGACCUCUCACACCUCUGUAGGAGUGGCAAGAAUAAUUAUUUAACAGUUGUCAGUAAAUAUUUCCAUUAAAAUGU